AUCUAUGCCACGUCACCAGUGUCUGCACUGAGGCUGUUCUCCAAUGGUCUUCCAUUACUUGGUCGAGAGGAGUUAAUCAGUUUCAGAGAAGCCAGAAACUUUCUACAGAAGAAGUAUAAAAAGAUUUUCUUUUGUUCUGUGCAGAGUAUAAUCAAGUUUUAAUUUUAAACUUCUGGGCACAUUUCUGAAGAUUUCUGCUGUGAGAGAGUUCUUCACCUAGAAACAGGCAUAUCCAAAGAAAUUUAAUGAAAAGGAAUCAUUAAGCAGGAAGCUGACAAAGAGGAGCAGCAGCACCUUUUCCCAAGCUUUGAGAGUGGAGAAUCGGCAUCUUCCUUUUCAAUUUACAUUAACUUGCUUUUCUUCAGAUUCCUGUAGGAUAUUCUUGGGCCAUCAUGAAUGUAUUUCGGAUCCUUGGAGAUGUCUCUCAUCUCUUAGCUAUGAUCAUUUUGAUAGUGAAAAUCUGGAGAUCAAAGUCAUGUGCUGGUAUUUCAGGAAAGAGUCAGAUCCUUUUUGCACUUGUUUUCACAAGCCGUUACCUUGACCUCGUCACAAACUUCAUCUCCUUUUACAAUACCAUCAUGAAGGUUAUUUUCUUACUUUGUGCCUAUACUACUGUGUACCUGAUCUAUGGAAAAUUCCGGAAAACUUUUGACAGUGAAAAGGAUACUUUCCGUCUUGAGUUCCUUUUGGUUCCUGUCACAGGUCUCUCAUUUUUAGAAAACUACCAAUUCACUCCUUUAGAGAUACUAUGGACUUUCUCAAUUUAUCUAGAAUCAGUGGCUAUCCUUCCACAACUUUUUAUGAUUAGCAAAACAGGUGAAGCUGAGACAAUCACAACACAUUACCUUUUCUUCUUGGGCCUUUAUCGUGCACUUUAUCUUGCCAACUGGAUCUGGCGUUAUCACACAGAAAACUUUGUUGAUCAAAUUGCUGUUGUUUCUGGAGUAGUACAGACAAUCUUCUAUUGUGACUUUUUUUAUCUCUAUGUCACCAAAGUACUAAAAGGGAAGAAAUUGAGCCUCCCAAUGCCAAUAUGAAAAUGCACACAAUGGAAGGAAGCAGAUGAAGUCCAUGUUUCAGGAUUCAAGACACUUUUGCCAUGUCACUAUUUGAAUUCAGAGCAUAUGCCUUUUUCUUUCCAUUUCAAUUAGAAAACAUGAUUGCACCAAAGGGACUGUGGUCUAAGUAACUAACAUUUCUGAACUUAUUUAGUGUGGAAGACAACUCAUCUGCAGUAGUUUUAUAAAGAAGCGUUCCUUCAAAACUAAAGAAACCAGAUUAUGAUUUAACCACUGUAUCCUCUAUAAUGGCUACAUCCAAAUUUCAAGUGAUUAAAGACUAAAACAGCUGUGACCUAGCACUUUUUCCUAAACUAUCAAUGUUCCCACAAGCCAUUAGGGAAAACAUUUUUAAAUAUUCAAUUGUAUUUUUAAAUAAAAAACAAGAUUUCUGAAUUUUAUUGACAACAGUUUUUUAAUUCAUACCUACAAAAGAAAACAAGAUGGUAUCAAAAAGGACAAUUUACAAACUAAUAGUAACAUAGCUUUUUAAUAUACUGUGCCUGAACAUCACAGACCUAUGAAUCUCUCUUUUCAAGUCUUUAUUCACAGAACAGGAAUGUGUUCAAAUACCAAUAUGGAAAAAAAAAA